CAACAACUAUAUCGUUUCCCGGUUUGUUAUUAUAUUUUUUCAUUUUCUUUCUCUUUUUUGGAUAAAGUCAUUAGUAUUUCCUCAGUUGACAAACAAAUUCAACAGUCAAAAAGGAAAUAAUGAGAUUAGGAUUUCGAAAGACCUUCAAACUGAAAGAAAUUUCCUUAACUAGUUCUAAAUCGAAGGGAUUUUGUACUAGAAUCCAUGAGGGAGUCCCAAAAGAAAGAGUAGACUGUGUUGUAAUUGGAGCUGGAGUUGUAGGAAUAGCUGUAGCUAGAGAACUUGCUUUGAAAGGUAGAGAUGUUUUGGUAAUUGAAUCUGGUUCUACUUUUGGUACCGGAACUAGUUCCCGGAAUAGUGAAGUCAUUCAUGCCGGAAUUUAUUACCCUCGCAAUUCUCUCAAGGCAGAUUUUUGUGGAAGAGGGAGGAAAUUGCUUUAUAACUAUUGUGCUGAUCAUGAGGUUCCUUACAAACAAAUUGGGAAACUUAUAGUUGCUACCAAAACUUCAGAGAUUCCAAAGUUGGUAGAUCUUCAGAAUCAUGGAACAGAAAAUGGGGUUGAAGGAUUAAGGAUGAUAGAUGGCAUAGAAGCCAUGCGGAUUGAAUCGGAACUACAAUGUGUGAAAGCUUUGCUAUCCCCGGUUUCUGGGAUAGUUGAUUCACAUUCCCUAAUGCUAUCUUUAGUGGGGGAAGCUGAAAAUUCUGGAGCAACGUUCUCUUACAAUACUGCUGUAAUUGGUGGGCAUCUCAGAGAAAACCAAAUCUACAUUCAUAUUUCUGAGAGCAAGAAUCUUGAAGGGUGUUCACCAUUGCGACCAGAGCUUAUACUCAUUCCAAAGCUUGUAGUGAACUCGGCAGGUCUGAGUGCUCCAUCGCUUGCAAAAAGAUUUGAUGGCAUAAAAAGUAGUUUUAUCCCUGCGUCUUAUUAUGCCCGUGGUUGUUACUUCUCUCUAACCAAUAUAAGUACAUCUCCUUUCAAACAUUUAAUUUAUCCAAUCCCGGAGGAUGGUGGUCUUGGAGUUCAUGUUACACUAGACUUGGAUGGUCGUGUUAAGUUUGGCCCAGAUGUUGAGUGGAUUGAUGGCAUUGACGAUACAUCAAGCUUCUUAAACAAGUUUGACUAUUCUGUCUCUGCAAAACGCGUAGAAUCUUUUUACCCAGAGAUAAGGAAGUACUACCCUAAUCUGGUGGAUGGGUCUCUGGAAGCAGGUUAUGCAGGGCUCAGGCCAAAGCUUUCUGGUCCUGGACAGGCUCCAGUUGAUUUUGUAAUACAGGGAGAAGAUAUACAUGAGGUACCUGGACUUGUAAACCUGUUUGGAAUAGAGUCACCUGGUCUAACCUCUUGUAUGGCGAUCGCCGAACACAUUGCUUCCAAGUACAGCUGAGAGCCUGAAGUCAUGGCUGUUUUUCUAAUGUAUGGGUUUCUUUGGGAAGUUCUUUUUUUCAGCAAGCCUUUCCCCGUAAAGCUGAGCUUGAUAGUGCGCUCAUUUCAUUUUAUGUUAACCCUGAAAUAUAAAACUUCCAUAUACAAGCUGUUAUGGAUCGCACGGCAUGUGUUUUUUUUUUAAUAAAUUGCUUUCCCAUGUGCUCUU